GCCUGCGCAGCCGCAGAAGAGGCUCGGCGGGCCUGAGCAGCCACAGAAAAGAGCGGGCGGUUUGGGGGCUUCCUAGAUCCCGCACUGUUUCGCGCCAGGUUUGAAGCAGCUGAAGACGGGCUGCUCUGGUCCCUGAGCCCCGCACCGCGGCGGGUGAGGCCGGCUCCGCUACGCAUGCCUCGGGAGCCGAGCCCUCUUCUGAGCCGCCGCCAUCAUGCUGCUGCCUGUGUUCACCCUGAAACUGCGCCACAAAAUCAGCCCCCGCAUGGUGGCCAUAGGGCGCUACGACGGGAUUCACCCGUGCCUGGCAGCCGCCACCCAAGCGGGCAAGGUUUUUAUUCACAAUCCUCAUACCCGGAGUCAGCAUGUCAGUGCAUCCAGGGUCUUCCAGAGCCCCCUGGAGUCUGAUGUUUCACUUCUCAACAUCAACCAGGCAGUCAGCUGCCUGACUGCAGGAGUACUGAACCCAGAACUUGGCUAUGAUGCUCUUUUGGUGGGGACACAGACUAAUCUUCUGGCUUAUGAUGUCUACAAUAAUUCAGAUUUGUUCUACAGAGAGGUUGCAGAUGGGGCCAAUGCAAUUGUGCUGGGAACACUGGGGGACAUUUCCUCUCCUCUUGCGAUUAUUGGUGGAAAUUGUGCUCUGCAGGGUUUUGAUCACGAAGGAAAUGAUCUCUUUUGGACGGUUACUGGAGAUAACGUUCAUUCCUUGGCCUUAUGUGACUUUGACGGUGAUGGUAAGAAAGAGCUCCUUGUCGGAUCAGAGGAUUUUGAUAUCCGAGUUUUUAAAGAAGAUGAGAUUAUAGCAGAAAUGACAGAAACAGAGAUAAUCACCUCUCUUUGCUCCAUGUAUGGUAGUCGAUUUGGUUAUGCCCUUUCCAAUGGCACAGUUGGAGUUUACGACAAAACAGCCCGAUACUGGAGAAUUAAAUCCAAAAAUCAUGCCAUGAGCAUUCAUGCUUUCGACCUUAAUUCUGACGGAGUGUGUGAACUGAUAACUGGCUGGUCCAAUGGGAAGGUCGAUGCUAGAAGUGACCGAACUGGGGAGGUCAUCUUUAAAGACAACUUUUCUUCUGCAGUUGCUGGUGUGCUGGAGGGAGAUUACCGGAUGGACGGUCACACACAGCUAAUCUGCUGCUCCGUGGAUGGGGAAAUCCGGGGCUACCUGCCAGGCACAGCCGAGAUGAGAGGCAACCUCAUGGACACCAGCAUAGAGCAGGACCUGGUCCGAGAGCUGAGUCAGAAAAAACAGAAUCUGUUGCUGGAACUCCGUAACUAUGAGGAAAAUGCCAAGGCUGAAUUGAGUCCACUGAACGAGGCUGAUGGGCCUCGGGGCAUCAUCCCAGCCAACACCAAGCUGCACACCGCCCUCUCAGUCAGUCUGGGGCAUGAGACCCAGCCUGCUCACGUGGAACUGUGCAUUUCCACCUCUAACGACACCAUCAUCCGAGCAGUAUUGAUUUUUGCCGAGGGAAUCUUCCUGGGUGAAAGCCACGUGGUACACCCCAGCAUUCACAGCCUUUCCAGCUCCAUCCGCAUCCCAGUGACACCUCCCAAAGAUGUCCCUGUGGAUCUGCACUUGAAAACCUUCGUGGGUUACAGAAGCAGCACCCAGUUUCAUGUGUUUGAAUUGACAAGACAGCUCCCCCGCUUCUCCAUGUAUGCGCUGACUGCCCCCCACUCUGCCACCGAGCCACUCAGCUACGUCAACUUUAUCCUUGCGGAACGGGCACAGAGGGUUGUUAUAUGGCUCAACCAGAACUUUCUGUUACCAGAAGACACUAACAUUCAAAAUGCUCCAUUUCAAGUGUGUUUCACGUCCUUACGGAAUGGUGGCCAGCUGUAUAUAAAAAUCAAGCUUAGUGGAGAGAUCACCGUAAAUACUGAUGAUAUCGACUUGGCUGGUGACAUCAUCCAGUCGAUGGCAUCAUUUUUUGCUAUUGAAGACCUUCAGGUAGAAGCAGAUUUCCCGGUUUACUUUGAGGAGUUACGAAAGGUGCUAAUUAAGGUGGAUGAAUAUCAUUCAGUGCAUCAGAAGCUCAGUGCGGAGAUGGCCGAUAAUUCUAACCUGAUUCGAAGUUUGCUGGUCCGAGCUGAGGAUGCGCGUCUGAUGAGGGACAUGAAAACCAUGAAGAAUCGCUACAUGGAACUGUACGACCUUAAUAAAGACUUGCUAAAUGGAUACAAAAUUCGCUGUAACAAUCACACAGAGCUACUGGGGAACCUCAAAGCAGUAAAUCAGGCCAUUCAAAGAGCAGGUCGUUUGCGGGUCGGAAAACCAAAGAACCAGGUGAUCACUGCUUGUCGGGAUGCAAUUCGAAGCAACAACAUCAACAUGCUGUUCAGAAUCAUGCGCGUGGGGACAGCUUCUUCUUAGGAAAGGAAACAAUAGGAUUUCUCCAUAGUUACUCAGGCACCCAGCUUCCUGUGAUCAUUCAGCCCUGUCAUCCUCUAGAGCAGCCUUUCCCUGAGUUCUCUAGAGAAAGAAGUUUCAGGAAAUCAGUUCGGGUGACAAUUUUCACAUUCAUCGCAUACAAUGAAAACCUGAUGGCACAGGAACCCUGUUGGAGAAGGGCUGUCCUAAGGCCUUACAGGUAUUUAUAUCCCAGUCAGUAGAAAAGGGAAAGCUUUUAUCAAAGCUGUGAUCUGGAAAUAGCACAUUAUCAUUUCCACUCAUGCUCCCUUAGCUAACAUGGCCACACCUCACUGCAGAGAGGCAAGGAAGAGAAAGCUGGUGUUUGUGCCAACAGCUAGCAACUCCUUCCCUCAGAGUGAAACUUUUGCCUUAAGGUAGAUUCUGGGACUGGUUUAAUGUUUAAAACAUUUGUCAUAAUGUGGCUGUUGUUGAAAGCGCUGCUGUAAACAUUGGGGUACAAGUGCCCCUAUGAAUCAGCGCUCCUGUAUCCUUUGGAUAAAUUCCUGGUAGUGCUAUUACUGGGUUGUAAGGUAGUUCUGCUUUUAGUUUUUUGAGGAAUGGAAAGAGCCUGAAUGUCCAUCAACUGAUGAAUGGAUAAAGAAGACGUGGUUUAUAUAUACAAUGGAAUACUACUUGGCAAUGAGAAAGAAUGAAAUCUUGCCAUUUGCAACAAUGUGGAUGGAACUGGAGGAUAUUAUGCUGAGUGAAAUAAGUCAGAGAAAGACAGAUAUCAUGUUUUCACUCAUGUGAAAUUUGAGAAACUUAAGACCAUGGGGAAAGGGAAGGGGAAAAAUAGUUUAGAGAGGGAGGGAGACAAACCAUAAGAGACUCUUAAAUACAGAGAACAAACUGAGGGUUGAUGGGGGGUGUGUGGGGAGAGGGGAAAAUGGGUGAUGGGCAUUGAGGAGGGCACUUGUUGGGAUGAGCACUGAGUGUUGUAUGUAAGCGAUGAAUCAUGGGAAUCUACUCCCAAAGCCAAGAGCACACUGUAUACACUGUAUGUUAGCUAACCUGAUAAUAAAU